AUGAGUGACCAGUAUUCUCACAUCGACGCAACAGGAUGUCAUUCCAUGUUGCUCCGCGACUGUCUGACUGUUAUGGCAACAUCGCUGCGGCAAAACAUCUGCGGUCUAAGUCUAGGAACACUUGCUGCUGGAGUCGGACCUGCGCAAAUCUCAGAGCACAUCCCGGCUCAUGUCCAGUACGCAUGCCGCUAUUGGGUCCAGCAGCUCAAGAGUCGUAGUGUCGAACUUCGUGACAAUGGGCCUGAACACCAAUUCCUCACAGUACAUUUUUUGCACUGGCUCGAGGCCAUGGCCGUGAUGAGGAGUAUUCCCGAGGCAGUGCUUGCAAUAAACGAGUUGUCGACAUACCUUUCCCAGCUGACAGCCGGGGAAACGACCAAGUUCUGGAGCUUCGUUGAGGACGCCCGACGGUUUCUGCUCAAGUUUCGAACAUCUAUAGAGAUCGCUCCCUUGCAAGUCUACACUUGCUGCGCCGUAUUUUCUCCAACAGCAAGCAUUAUCCGCACUGUUUUUGCCAACCAAACAGUUGAGCCAUUACCUAGGCUGGUGGUCGAAGAGGAAGAAUGGAAUCCUGUCCUACUGUCAAUUCCAGACCUGUCUGAUAACUGGGCCUUGUCGCAGAAAGGAACGCUGGCGGCAUCGGAAACCGGUCGUAUCUGGGAUACUGCAACAGGAAACUUGAUAGGUAAAAUGGAAGAACCAGAUGAGGCAAGCGUGAGCACUGCCUUCUCUCCCGACGCAAAAACGUUAAUAUCGGUAACGGAGGAGGGCACUAUCAAAUCAUGGGAUACGGAAACCGGGCGACUUCUUCAACUUCUUCAUUGUCACCCGGAGCAUUAUAUUACCAAGGCGAUGUUCUCGCAGGACCGCAAGACGCUCGCCCUGGUGUCCCAUAGGGUCGGCGUUGUAUUUGUCGAUCUGGUCAGCGGGCGUAUUUUGACUGCGGACAGCCCUGAUUAUGAGUCAAUAAACAGGGCAGACCUCUCACCUGAUGGGACGAGACUGGCCACAGUUCAUAAGUAUAACACCGUUCGCUUGUGGGAUACAACGACGGGGGCCCUAAUAAAAGACUUUGGGAAACAGCGUAGGGAUGACGUCCACGUACGGUUCUCACCUGAUAGUAGGGUGUUGGCAACCAAUGAUGGCCGCUUAGUGUUUCUGUGGGACUCAGCGACAGGUAACUUGAUUCGACAGUUCCAAGCCCCUGAUGUCCCCGAUGAUCGAAGAUACUGCGAUUCUUGCCGGGACAUAGCAAUCUGUGGAGGUGGACGCCUCUUAGCUACGGCCUACGGGGAUUCCGUCAGUCUUUGGAAUCUGGCAGACGGAGCAUUCCUAUGGUGGGGAUCCGAUCCCAUUGAGAAAACGGCCUUCUACGAAGACGCAGCCGUAUUCAGCGAGGACGGAAAGCUGGUGGCCUCGAUCGGCAGUGACAGGUUCAUCCGGAUCUGGGACACGGCAUCAGGGGCACUGGUGAACCUGAUUGAGAACGAUGAAGUGGUGAGGAAAGUGCUCUUCUUUUCUGACAAGCGAAUCGUAGGUCUAAUCGGUAGCGGCUCACUGCGCAUCUGGGACCUCACAGUGAAAGCGUCCACUAGAUCCCAAUAUGUCGCGACCAACGGUAUGAUUGACGCACUAUUGCUAGCCCCGGACGGCAGAAGGUGCCUGGUAGCUGCAGACUAUGGGUGUUGGCUGUGGGACGUGGAGACCGGCGAGCAGGUCCAGAAGUAUACCUCUGCGAGACCGACCGUACUCCUAUUCUCUCCUGAUGGCGAGUACUUGGUCUUGAGUGGGGAAAAGGAAGAAGACAUCGAGCUUCGCGAUGGAGUGACAUUCGAGCGUCUGGCCGUGCUUACUGGGCAUCGGCAUGCAAUCUGUGCUGCAGCGUUCUCGCCGGAUAGCCGGUUGCUUGCGACCAUCGCCGAGAUCCCACUCUUUGUUCACGACUCAGAUGGAGAAGAAAAGGGUACUCAGGAGAACGAUUGCUGCAGCGAAGGCGAUGGUGAAGGCGAGGACAUCAACACCAACGCCGACGAUUCUGAGGAGGAUGCCAUAAUUGGACUCUGGGAUGUAGCAACGGGGACAUUGCUCCAUAAGCUCAGGGGCCACACACGCCAGGCUGGUAACCCUCUAUUUUCCCCCGACAGCCGCCUCCUGGCAUCAACGGCACUUGACAAAACCCUUCGACUCUGGGACGUCUCGACAGGGACAGUCCUGAAGGUCAUCAGAGGAGACUUCCUGACUCUAGCCUUUUCUCCAGAUGGACAGACCAUCGCAACAGCAGACCGCAUGUCAGUAGUUCGCUUCUGGGACAUCCCAACCGGCCAGCUUAUUGAAGAGAUCCACUCGUCUAGUAAAAUCAAACGACUCGCCUUCUCCCCCCACGGCAAGCUUCUAGCGGGCUAUGGGGCCAUUCCUCAUGAGACCCUACUGGCAAUCCACCUCUUUGACCCGGCGGCAGGCCAGCUCCCAGUUAGGGAAAGUAAAAUCCCAGCUACGGUUUAUUCUUACAGUACCCCUGAGCUCCGCUGGUCUGCUGAUGGCCAGGUUCUGCAUACUGCUGUCGGCGAUGUCAGUCUUGCAUACCUUUGUCCUGAGCGCGCUGAUUCUGGUAUUCCGGCCUGGGGAAUCUUUGUCAAUGGGGAUUGGGUCGUGAGGGGGACGGAAAAGGUUGUUAUACUGCCUCUGGAGUAUAAGGCGCGUUGUGCUGCUGUACAUGAAGGCACUCUGGUUAUUGCGACUGAAACCAACCGGGUGGUGGCUCUUCGGUUUGACUAA